CGACCGUUAUCAUUCCUCAAUCCUCGUGCACGCGCCGAAAGGACGAAGUUGCAUCUUCGUUUGAUUGUCCCGAUCAGUUUUCGUUGAUCUUGGUUCAGAAUCAGAGUUGGUUGGUGUUUUAAGAAGAACUGGUAAUAAAGUGCUGAAUGAGGAAAAUACGAAACAAGCAAUAAAAAACGCGUGCAAGCUUUGAUGUGAUACUUGAGAUCUUUUGUAUUCCGGUGGUCGUUUCUUUCGUGUUUCUGCCUUUAUAUGAAAAAAGAAACGAAGAAGAUUCCGUAGUUUGUGUUUUAUUUACGCCGAAUCGAGCAUAAUCGGAAUCGCCAGACAAACAUAAUGGCUUCUCUGUUGUAGUUGAAAGGUAAUCGGAUCGAAGAAAAAAGUGAUUGUUUCGGGAGUGAUUUGUAUAUGAGUUGUUGACGGAAGUAUCCAGCGGAAAAGCACAGCUUCUUUUCGAGCGCUGUCAGAAGAGGAAAACAAACUUGAGCAGCAAUGGCAAACAACAAAGAGAGCACGCAGUCGAACACCCAAACGGGCACCCAGACCGGGUUGUGGAGCCAGAUCGAGAGCCAACCGAUGGACAGUAUCGUAUGGGGUCGGCUUUAUGCGAAGAAUCUCAAAAUCAAGAGCCUUGGUACUAAAAAAGCACUUCCACUUAUCUCUCGAAAUGCAUCCUGCAGCUAUGAUCUCUCCGCGCCAGACUUUUCGGCUGGCAGAAACACAACCAAUGAUUUAUGCAUUGGCAAAGACCAUCUGCCGGAUAAGAUUUUGAGCAGAAUCUCAAAUUUUCAUUUUUCCAUCACUAGAGAUACGCUAGAUUUGUCCAAUCCUACAUUCAUUGAGGACAAAUCCCGAAACGGCACCUUCGUCAACGGUCAGCUCAUUGGAAUGAACAAUAAAAUGAUCCUCAAGGAUGAUGAUAUUAUAGCGCUUUCCCAUCCGAGCUAUAAGGCCCUGGUGUACAAGGAUCUUACUCCCAGUGAAGCCAAAGGGCUCCCGAAGGAAAUUCGAAACACGUACUUUGUUGGCCGAAAGCUCGGUUCCGGUGCUUGUGGAGUUGUGCACCUUGUGUAUGAAACCAAAACGUGCAAACCAUACGCUAUGAAGCAUGUGGUUAAGAACCUUCUGGGAGAAUGUAGCAGACCAAAAAUCACAAACGAUCCCCAACGAGUGAUGAACGAAGUCAACAUCAUGAAGGGCCUGGAACAUCCUUGUGUAAUAAAAAUGCACGAUAUCGUCAACAAGGCGGAUUCCGUCUUCAUGGUGCUCGAAUUCAUGAAGGGUGGGGAUCUGCUAAAUAGAAUCAUCCAAAACAAGUACCUGCCAGAGCAAAACGCAAAGCUGUUCUUUCUCCAAAUGUGCCACGCUGUGAAGUAUCUGCACGCCAAAGAUAUCACCCACCGGGACUUAAAACCGGAUAACAUCCUACUACUGAACAACGACGAGGAAACUUUGCUGAAAGUUUCUGAUUUCGGUAUGAGUAAAUUUGUUCAAAAAGAUUCCGUACUGCGAACCCUCUGUGGCACUCCGCUAUAUGUGGCUCCGGAAGUGCUACUAACUGGUGGUCGAGGUUCCUACACGCCAAAAGUCGAUAUUUGGAGCUUGGGAGUGGUCCUGUACACCAUGCUUAGCGGAACGCUUCCAUUCUCGGACGAGUACGGAACGCAAGCAACCGAACAAAUCAAGCGUGGUAGGUUCACGUUUCGACAUCGUUCUUGGAAAACGGUUUCACCUCAGGCCAAAAAGCUUAUUUACGACAUCCUAACCAUCGACCCGAACAGUCGACCGUCCAUUGAUGAUAUACUAAACAGUUCGUGGCUGCGCGACCAAGAGGUCAUAAGGAAGGCGGAGAAGUUGAUGAACGUGCGGCUGACGGGAACUAAAAAGGCAUCAACGUCCGACAUUGAAAACAACAACGAAAAGAUUUUUGUUGAACCGCCCAAGAAGCGACAGCGCACCAAAUGACUAGAUUCAGGGGAAAGAUUACCGAGCGCCGGGUGCGGUUCCGGCAAAUUAAGAGAUGAAGAAGAGACGCCCGUUCGCGUACGAUUCAGAAAGUGGGUGAAACUGAAACUGAAAUUUGAUUAGAAUCUCCCGCAGUCGUCAUCAUCGGAAGAGAAGAGAAACAGUAAGUAGCAAGUGAGAGCAAAACAAAUUUGAUAAGAAUUAUUUUUCCUAUUGGCACUUAUUCGAACGUAGCUGAUAAGAUAGUUUUCCAUACGUUUCCUUGCCUACAAGGGAUUCGGAUCAAGUACGAUGCUCUCUCGUUUGUGUAUAUAUUUCGUAAACGUAUUUUGUAUAGCAUCUGGAACAUGUUUUCGUUUCAACCCACUCGGUUGCCAGUUAAACCUUUGCUCCGUGAUUCGGCCUUCGUUGCGAGUCGAAAAGAGUGGUGCAUUGCCCAAUCCUAAACUAUUGUUCGGAUUGUUAUUUUUAUGCAUGGUGAAAAAAUGUCCAACAUUUAUUGAGUUUACAGAAAAGUAGACACUAUUUUACAUAAAUGUAGAUAAAUAUGAGCCUCUCCAUUGUCUCAGGGAACCUCAGCAUCAGAGUAUAAGUUGACAACGAAUAUUCAUUCCAAAUCAGAAGCGAAAACAUGUUGAUCCGAUGUUCGAUAUAGUCAGUAAGAAAAUCUGUUCUUUUGAUUUCCUAAAAUGAUGUUUUUUUGAUAAACCCAAACCGUCGAUAAAAUGCCGUGCUAUGUUCUUUUUGUAAACGUUACAAACUGUUUUGGAAUAAAUAUAUCUAAAUUUGUA